UAAUGGCUUCACAACUCAUCCUCUUCCUCUCCUUCUUCUUGUUCUCCUUUUCAUCCUUCUAUUUGGUCAUUAAUGCAGCUCGCUCUGAGCAUGAGAUCAAGCUCCUUUAUGAGGGCUGGCUUGUUGAGCACCAUAAGAACUACAAUGAUCUCUUUGAGAAAGAUAAGAGGUAUGAAAUUUUCAAAGAUAACCUUAAGUUCAUCGACGAGCAUAAUGCCGGUAACCACUCAUUCACUCUUGGUCUCAACGUCUUCGCCGAUCUCACCAACGAAGAGUAUCGAAAUACUUUUCUUGGGUUUAAGCAGCCAACCAGACAAGAAAUAAACUUGCAUCAGAAUAGUGUCUACAACUUCAGUGAGUCUUUGUUGCUACCAGAUUAUGUUGAUUGGAGAAGAGCAGGGGCUGUAACCCCUGUCAAGAACCAAGGCCAAUGUAAUAGUUGUUGGGCAUUCUCUGCAAUUGCUGCAAUAGAAGGGUUGAACCAGAUUAUCACUGGAAACUUGGUAUCAUUGUCAGAACAAGAGAUAGUUGAUUGUUAUAAAGGGAGUUGUGGAAGAGGAUACAUGGCAGAUGCUUUUCAAUUUAUCAUCGAUAAUGGUGGUAUUGACACUGAUGAUGACUAUCCAUACAGAGGUUACUUUGCUGGAUGUGAUAGGAACAAGAUCGAAAGAAGAGUCGUUUGGAUUGAUGGUUAUGAGAGUAUUCCUGCCUACAAUGAGAAUUACAUAAAAAUGGUUGCCGCUUACCAACCCGUUAGUGUUGCAAUUGAAGCUUAUGGCCAGCAAUUCCAAUUCUAUACAUCAGGAAUAUUUGAUGGUUAUUGUGGGACGAAUAUAGAUCACGCUGUCACUGUCAUAGGCUAUGGUAGUGAAAAUGGCAUAGAUUACUGGCUUAUUAAAAACUCAUGGGGACAACGAUGGGGAGAGAAUGGAUAUGUAAAACUUCAUCGUAAUAUAAAUAUGCCUCAAGGCAAAUGUGGCAUCGCAUUAUAUGCAAGUUAUCCUACCAAAUCAAGUGGGAUGAACAAUGUCAAUCCACUGAAAGCGCAAGAACAAUCCUCUGCAAAUGUUGAAGGCAAGAGAGCGAGUGCAUGA